AUGGCGUCUCCUGGUGUGCUCCAGAGCGGCAGCGGCUCCCUGGGCCUCCUGGUCUGGCUCCUGGCCCUUCAACCUUGGCUCACAUGUGGCCGUCGGACUUCGAGGAUAGUUGGUGGAAGGCCGGCCGCAGAGAAGAAGUGGCCGUGGCAGGUCAGCCUGCAGGUCAAUCAAAGACACAUAUGCGGAGGCUCCCUCAUUGCCAGUCGGUGGGUGUUGACCGCAGCCCAUUGCAUAUUUGGCCAUGUGGAAUACACAGUGAAGAUGGGAGACACACAGUUGCAGCAUACCUCCGCAAGGGCAGUCACGGUCCCAGUCAAAGACAUCGUUAUCCACCAAUAUUUUAAUCCUGUCGGACUAAUCGAAAAUGACAUUGCCCUUGCUCUGCUCGCCUUCCCUGUGAAUUUCUCCGCGAGCAUCCAACCCGUGUGCCUCCCUGAAAAGGCUUUCAUGGUCCAAGCUGGUACAGAGUGCUGGGUGACUGGAUGGGGAAAAGUAAAUGAAGAAGAUGCUACAGUACAGCUUCAGGAGGCUGAGCUAAACAUUCUUCGCUAUGAGACUUGUAAUGAGGUGCUCAGCGAAAAGUUGGAAAGUCAUUUUGAUGUGGUCAAGGAGGGGGCUGUCUGUGCUACCAGCUCCAGAGGAAAGGAUGCCUGCCAGGGAGAUUCUGGGGGUCCCCUGGUCUGUGAAUUUAAUAAUUCAUGGGUCCAAGUGGGGAUUGUGAGCUGGGGCAUUGGCUGUGGUCGCAGAGGGUAUCCAGGAGUUUAUACAGAAGUGAGUUUCUACAAGGAUUGGAUCAUUGCUAGAGUGAGUAAGGCCUCUCAUACAGACUCAAUGGGCUACUUCAGCCUGACUCUGUGUCUGGUGCUGCCUUGGAGCAUCCUGCUGACCCCAUGAUCACCCUGGUCACGUUUCUUCCAGUUUCUGAGUCUUGGACUAGCACUACCUCUGACCUCUGACUCCUACUUUAUGCCCUAUCCUCAGUUUCAUUAAAAUCCACUGACCAUGUGGAGGUCCACAUGACUGAGAAAUGGAAGCAAGAAACCUUGAAAGUUUCCCAGCCUGCUGCUCCAGGAACCUACCGCAUCUACACCUAACCUGGGUUAUGCUCUGCCUGCUGAGAAGGAGUGGCUGAAACAAUGCCAGCUGGAUGGACAGUGACCUGUGGUGAUGCUUCAGGAUGCUUUGCCCACAUCUUGGAGACCGUCUUCACCUCAUCCCUGGCAGCAGCAUUAUCUG